AUGUCACCCGCGACAUACACAUUCUCUAAAGCGCUGAGUUUUUCCAGCGACCAUACUGCGGGAUGUCUGGUUGCGACUAUACCGGUCAUUGCCGUUGGAUUUCUCGGGCUUGCGGUUGCGACCUUUCUAUUCAUCGUGCGCAAAGUUGACUUUGCCCUCGCGUUGGUCUGUGGUUCGGCUUUCCUCGAGUUCCUCGCCGCACUCUUCGACGUAAGCCAGAUCUUGGUUCGCGGCGCUGCGGACGAAAGCGUAUAUUCCGGCACUGUUACUUCCCUGAUGCUCGCGCGCGAUAUAUUCUUCAGCUUCGGCAACGGACUGCGUUUUUUGGCUUACUGGACCAUCGUCGCGCAGCGCCCGCGUGGUGAAGAGCCUGUCGCGGAACGAGAGAAGCCCUCAGAGAACAUAUUGAUACUCGAUCCGAGCAUGCACAGCGGCAGCUGGAUGCGGUGGGGCGUCGUGGGGAUCAUCUUGAAAUGGCUUACUGCGGCUGUCGCCGUUGCCAUCACCCUCAUGCAAAUACUCUGGCGCGCUGUGGACGAAUUCGAUAAUCUGGGUCCAGUCUAUGCGGCGGAGAACGCACUCGAGGUUGUCAUGGCUGUCAUCUUCAUCAUCAAGUUGUGUCUCAACGCUGCCAUCACGGACACUCCGUCACGUUCGCGCUGGAUGACACUGGUGGACUAUACGCCGUUGUUCGUCGCCCUUAUGUUCACCUUCGCGCUCGGUAUUGGUAACAUAGCAGUUUUCCCAUUCUCCGAGUCGACCGCAGGUCGCCUCAUGAUCGCUACAGAGAUCUACAUCGUUCUCGAGACUUUGCUUUGCUGGAAGUUUUACGAAAAUGAUCGCCGACGACAAGCAACGCCAAGCGAGAAGGUCGACCCUAUCGUCAAUGGUAUCACACCGCACACCAACAACGGUCAUAGUUCAACCUUCUUGCAGGCCCCACAACGACCGAGUCCUCUCGCACGCAUCUCGGACUCCGGCCAGCGUAUCGUCUCCUGGGUGCAACAACCUCGACCUUCGUGGGCGCAACGCAUGUCCAGUUUGUCCGGCCGAUUCAGACCGGCUCUGGCGCGUGAUGAGGCGCGAUUGUAUAACCCGGAAGACGCGGAGCGCGGGAACUCCCCUACCACUACCGAGAACGGCGCGACGACAACCUACGACCUCAGCCCUUCCGAGGCGCGACAGAGCGCCCGCUACCAAGAUCCCGUGUACACUUCUUUCUUCCAAGAGUCGCAAAGGGACGUCAACGCCUUUGGACAGCCGCGCGCGGCCACGCCGUCGGACAGCGGUAUAGGAAGUAAUAAACGGUCGUCCUUGACAUCGUCGUACUACGAUCGCCGCGAAAACGACGGUCAAAGUCUGAUCAUCCCGCCACCUCUCGCGGUUACCACAGGGAACGGUAGUGUUCAUUCGCCAAUCUACGGUCUCAACGGAACUCUUCGUCCUGAGGGCUUCUCGCCGGUUACACUUGCCACAACAGCAACAUGGUCGCCCAUGAUGAAGACACUAGAGGUGGCCGCGCCUCCUUCAUUCGUGGAAUCGCCCACCUCGCUUGCACCUCCCCGCCCAAUACGAGAUAGCGGUAACAAUGAAGCUAGCUCGGCGCGCUCAUCUGGCUACGACCAGCUUCUGCGAGAACAAGAUGAGCUGGAGAAGAGUAUCGCGCAGCUACGUUUGCUAUCUACGAGCCAGGCGCUGGAUAGCAUAGUGAUUGAUCCGCGCCGCCCAUUCAGUCUAGAGUCGGGUCGCCCAACUCUCGGGCGGGAGCAGUCAGAUAGCUCGGGCAGUGGCCCACUAAAGUCGGCUUCCCUCCGCAGCGAAUUCUCCCUCAGCGUAUUCCCGGAGCCUCCACUUGCUCGCCGCUCGAGCCAGGUUCGCCCACAGUCGUUGGAGGAAUUCGUCGACAACGCAUCAACGGUCAUGCCCACCCGGGCUCGCGAACACAUUCGCCAGGAUAGCAACGACUCCCACAUAGACGUUGAUAUUGAGCGUGCUACAAUGGACUUCAAGAAUACGAAGCUGAGCUUCCGCGAGUCAGCCAUAGACUUGCUUCCCCCUCGUAUGCCCGCUUUAGCAGACGAGUCGAGCCAGACUGUGCCGUCUUCCACGCGAACGAGUGAAGAUCACAGCGAGUAUCGACCGCCUGCGUCUCGACUGGACUCUAAUGGGACACAGUAUGACGUGACGUCGUUCAUCGGUACUCUGACCGUUCCGUCUCACAAGAAGCGACACGAGGUUGACGGGCAAAGCGAGACUUCUAUGUCACCUGCACCAAGCGAUCUGUCAGCGCGAAUCGUCGCCGUAGAGCGCCGUCCAUCCGCUCGUGUAGUCCGUCUCGAGGGCAGCUCCGAGGGGUCUCGAACGAGCGUGCCAGUCUUGCCUUCGCCCCCGCGCGUGAUAACUAUCCCGCCGCGAAGCAAUUCUGCGGAUGAUGCCGACGGGUCUCUCAAAUCCGCUUCUGCCCAUGACUCGCCUACGGAAGGACGCGCGUCCCCGACGUCGUCUGGACGGCGAGUGGAGUUCGGUCGUACGCCCAGCGGUCGCAAAGCCGGCCUUCCCGCGCGACCGCGAAUGGUCAAUUCCUCAGCAACUAUCGACGAAGAGGUCGCGUCCGAGCAGUCGCACUCAAGCUCGGUCGCGACAGUGCAACCGCCAUUCUGA